UCUCAUAUCUGCCUCCUGUUCCUGUCACCCAAGCUCUUCUUAUCAUUGAAAGCCUACCGACCGAAGGGUGCUGCUGUUCCUUCAGGCCAGCCAUGGAGAGGCUCAACACCAAGCUGUACCUGCAGAACUGCUACAUCGUGAAGGAGAACGAGAGGCUGAGGAAGAAUCUCCAGGUCCUCAACCAGGAGAACCAGGACCUCUUGUCCGAGCUGAAGCAGAAGCUGGCUAAAUCCAGUGCCACCUCAAGCCGCAACCCCAACAUCCCAGACCCCAACACUCCCCCAGCACCCACCAUUUCCCCCAGUGGAAGCAAGCGCUCAUCUCAGUAGGCUGUUGCACUAAACCGCAUGACUUCUUUUUGGAUGUUUUGGCCUUGAUAUUAGGUAGAUUAUCAGUACUUUGUCCAAUUGGCCAUAUUGCAGUCAUA